GGAAGUAGCUGGGCAAGGAGCAGAUUGGCUGUCACCUGUUUCUCAAGAUGCCAGCAGUUAGCAAAGCAGACCCUCCGAGUUUGCUCACAGGAACAAGCUGGGUUGCACAGCUGCUGGCACACAAGAAACAAAAGGACCCUUGAAAUAACUUCCUUAUGGAGGCAUGAACAAAGCCCUGCCAACCUGUCAGUCCAGCCAUGCAAGAGAAAGAGAAAGGGAGAGAGACAGAGAAAAAGAAAGGAGGGAAUGGAACAGGGAUUCUUUUAGAUCUCAGCAGACAUUAAGAUUUCCAAUGAACAGAGAAAACAAAUAGCCACUGGGACCACACAUGCGUUCUGUAAACUGAUGCCACGAGGCAGAUAUGAGAAAGAUGACUGGACAGAGUGGUUGCUAUAGGCCUGUAAACAUACAGGGAAAUAAGCUCAGUUACCAAGGCUCAUAUCAAGAAAGUCCUGGAAAGGGGAUGAAAAGAUUGCAGAAGCGAUUUCUCCACAAGGAUGGCAGCUGCAAUGUGUACUUCAAACACAUCUUUGGGGAAUGGGAGAGCUACGUAGUAGACAUAUUUACCACGUUAGUGGACAUCAAGUGGCGCCAUAUGUUUGUGAUACUCUCGUUGUCCUACGUUCUGUCUUGGUUGUUCUUUGGACUAGUCUUCUGGCUGAUAGCAAUCCAACACGGAGAUUUAUUCAACGAUGAAGAAAUAACCCCCUGUGUUGCCAAUGUUCAUAGCUUCACAGGAGCAUUCUUAUUCUCUCUUGAAACCCAGACAACCAUUGGUUAUGGUUACCGCAGUGUUACAGAAGAGUGCUCUGUUGCAAUCCUCAUGGUUAUCCUACAGUCAGUAUUAAGCUGCAUUAUUGACACAUUCAUAAUUGGAGCAGCCUUGGCUAAAAUGGCCACAGCUCGGAAAAGAGCUCAAACCAUUCGUUUCAGCUACUAUGCUGUAGUAGGUUUAAGGGAUGACAAGUUUUGCCUUAUGUGGCGCAUUGGUGAUUUCCGGCCAAAUCACAUGGUUGAGGGCUCUGUACGUGCUCAGCUUCUGCGCUACCAGGAAGACAAAGAAGGGAGAAUGACAAUGGAAUACAAGGACCUGAAGUUGCUAAAUGACCAAAUCAUACUUGUUACUCCCGUGACAGUUGUCCAUGAAAUUGAUAGUGAGAGCCCGUUGUAUGGUCUAGACCGGAAAGCUCUGGCCAAGGACAACUUUGAAAUCUUGGUUACAUUUGUCUACACAGGUGAUUCAACAGGAACUUCACAUCAGUCAAGAAGCUCAUAUGUCCCCAGAGAGAUUCUUUGGGGCCAUAGGUUUAACGAUGUCUUGCAUGUAAAGAAAAAAUACUAUAAAGUGGAUUGCUUACAGUUUGAAGAAACCACAGAAGUUUAUGCUCCUCACUGCAGUGCCAAACAACUGGAUCGGAAGGAGCAAGAAUGGAACAGAACCGAGAAUACGCUGGAAAGAGAAACAGACACAUCAGCGCUGGAGAUCAAGUCGUUUAGCACAAACCAAAAGUCAUUUAGUGCAGUUGCCCUGAUCACCAGUUGUGAAGAUCCAGAAGACCCAGUGACAACUGUCGGUCAUCCUUCUGGAGAAGUUUCUUAUCAGAAAGCAGCUGUGACUUUAAGUAGGCUGUCACUGGAAUCCCAAAUCUAGCUUUUCACUGCAAUUAAAAUCGCUUCCAAAUUUCACACAGCAUAGCUUUUAGAAUAUAAACAAUGAACAUAUGCACAAGUAUUUAUAUUAUAAACCUCACUCUGACAGCAUGCCUACAUUGCAGUACAGAGCUCAGCUGCUAGAACGAGCUUCAUACUGUUUAGCAUGGGUAUCAGUAACAGAUUAGCAUUGGCACAGUAAAACAGCUUACGCUGGGUUGACUAGACAGCUACUGUACUUGAGCAAACUUAUUCUCAACUCUUUACUACCCCGCAGGGACCAAUGUUGGACAUGCCAAGACAGAGAUAAUGAUCUAGUCAGGGAACAAAAACAAUAUAGUGUGCCCUGUAGGUCAGAUUUUUCGAAGCUGCCUAAUUUAUUUGGAAGCCCAGCUCCCAAUUGCUCUAGGAAGCUCUGAAACUCCCCCACCAUCAGAGCUGACAAUUGCUCUUCCACGACAAAGGCAGUUCAAAUGAAGUCCCUGCCUAGGGAUUAUACUGGUAAAUCUGUGGGGCUGUUCAUUACGGGAGGGAGUAAACUGGCAAGAAAACUGAACUCAGUAUUACUGGGUAGCUCGGAAACCUGCUUACACCCUUCCCAGCCCUGUGGGCUCUGCAGUUGGAUCCUGGAGAGUUUUUCUCAUUUCCUUGUGGUGAGCCAUUCCCAGAACUGCCCCUCCCUCGGCAGUUUGAGGUAUGUGGUAUGUUAGCCGGCUUGGGGCUACCUGAAGAUUUUGUUUCAUGGCUCUGAUGGCUGGGAAGGUUGGCCAAACCUGCUCAUUUGCAUUCUUCAGAAAUCAAAAUGGGACCUCAAGUUUGAAAUCAAAAUCAGCAAAAUCAGGCUGGGCCUCAAGGAGGAAGAUCAGCCUGGUUUCAGAAUGAGCUUUCCAAUGCUUUGACUCUAAGUGUCUUUUCAUUUCAGAUUGUCAGCCUUGCUUUUAUUUUGGUAUAUUAUGAUUCUUUAAAAAGAAAAAGAACAAUUUAGAGAUCAAACAGUGUGAUUUUGUCAAAAAGAAAGAUUUUUAUUCACCUGAAGUGAUUUUAUAAAGAUGAUCCCUCCCUCACAGAGAAAUUCAGCAUAUUCAGCUGUCAGCUCAAUUUGGAAAAAAGAUUAAAUGUCAGUAUUCUGAAGUUGUCUAUGACAUGGAAGUUCCACACUCCGCACAUCUCUAUUAUUAUCCAAUAUGCAAUAUCUCGUCAUGCCUUUCUUCUGAUGAUUGUGGUUAAUUUGAGUCAUGUUUUAGUUAUCAUGAUAACGUAGAAAUAAUUACCUCUGAAUUUUUGCCUAAAGUGUGAUUUAUCCAUCAGGAAGCUAAGUGUCUACCUACUGGUCAAGGAUCUCUAGUUACCGGAACUCUUUUUGUCUUCACAGCAAAGCUCAUCCCAUCCUAACAUGGGUGUUGAGAGAGCUCAAGGCAGUAGGAUGGACUUAUCCUGGAAAUGUCCAUCCAUCUCUAUUAUUGGAGGAGAUGAGAUGACUGGUGUGGAAAUGUUGGCUAACUUCUAACGUUUAGACUGAUAAAUUAGGUCAGAUGAGUCUAUCCCAUCAUUCUAACUGAAAGUUUUUAUGAACUAAUCAUGUAUACUGAAGAAAAAUGGCAUGCUGAUUUUUUUUCCUGAGCCUUACUGCAUACAAUAGUAUUGCUGCAUUUUUUAAAAUGUAUCUUGCAUUUCAUUUUUGCUUGUAUUCUGGAUCCUAUCUAGUCCCUUUAAGUAAAACCAAGCAUAUUAACAAGCCUGAGGGUAGAUGAUUAUUCCUGGACUUAAUUAUCCUAUCUUAUAUGCUGAAUCAUCAGCAAUAUCUGUCUAUAACUGCAGUAGAAAACAACUCAUCCUGGAUGUAUCCUGGAUUUCAGGCCUGGCAGGUAUUGGGGAAAUAAUCUGAAAAAACGGGAAGGAAUUCAGCAGGAAAAUGUGUAAGGCACUCAGUAAUUAUGUGGUGUUGCAAAAAACACCAUACAGGAUGUAUAAAAUAGAAUAUAACCAUCAAGACAUGUUAAGUAAUCCUUCCACACUUUGAAGGAUCUUUGCAGGAUCUUGGCUGGAUUACAUUAUUGGAUGUUAGGCACCACGCUUCAGGGAAGACAUGGAGCAAUUUGAAGAGAAUCCCAAGAUCUGGAAAGCAUGUCAGUGAGGAAGUAUUGAAAUAACUGAAGGUGUUUGAGUCCAAAGAAGAGAAGAGGCGUGUAGGAGACAGAGAAACAGUCUUCAAACACGAAAAAUGCAACUCAAGGGACAGUCUGUUCCCUGUAUGCGGUGAGUAGGAUAGGAAGUGGGUUUACACUGAAGCCAAAGAGAUUCAAGUUAGACAUUAGGAAAAACUGUCUUCAAGAAGGUGGAAGAGCAGUGGCAUAGAUCUCUGGAAAGGGUGUGGAAUAUAAAUGGUGGCAGCUUUCAAGAGCCAGUUGGACAAGCAGCUGUCAGGAAUGGUCACUCCUACCUUGAACUUUCCAACCAUGUUUUACUAUGAUCCUGCAAUUUUCAGAAAAAAAGAAGCAUACAAUAUGAAAUCUACUUAACUAGCUCACUUUACAAGUACUUACACACGUGAGUAUUUGCUUAAUUACAUAGGCAAAGCUACUCAGACACAUGAGAUAAUACUGAGAUAUGCAAUCAAAGUCCCACAAAUACCUUAAAAAAGUGCAUUUUUCAACUGCUGUUUGUCAAGGUAGGUUCCCUUAUUAAGCUGUGAACCUCCGCUGUCUUUCCCUCUCCCCAGUAUAUACCAUGUGAGCCUCUUGUGGUGAAGAAAAUUCUUUCCUCAGAAGGGCUUUCCUGUAAGUGGAAGUAGCAGGAGUCAGAUUCAGAGUAUGGUCAUAUGCUUCUUGGUAUAGAUACAUAUAAAUAUGUGAGCAUGUAUAGUAAUGUAUGCUUUGGCAUAUAAGUCAACCACUAACUGAUGAGGGUCAGGAAGAAACUUCUCUCCUGGGCAUGUUAAUUCAUAACAGGCUACUAUACGGUUUCUUCGACUUUUAUCUGCAGCAUCUGAUACCAGCCAGUGCUGGAGACAGGCUACUAGGUGAACCACUGGUCUCAACCUGUCUGGCUUUUCCUCUGUAUCUCUGUUUGAUAUUUUAAUUUCAUUUAUCACAGUAAAAAUUAUGAAUAAUAAUGUAUGAUAAUGCAUGCAUUGCAUUUUUAUGAAUAAAGAUGCAGAAAUAAAGAGCAUGCUACUACCACA